AUGCAGCAGUCGUCGGUCCUGUCGCAGCCUCCACUGAAAGCUUCCGGGAAACACGUCCAGCGACAGCUUGCCAUUGUUACCGACACACUCGCCUACGAGUAUCCCGUGCAAGUCCAGCAUUCUGCCACGGCUGAUGCUUCGGCCCGGCCAAACUGCCUACCCUCGCCUGCUCCCAGCGACCACCAUGACAAGUCUCCGAGCCUACAUGCUGUCCACCAACCGCCCCCUAUGCCUAAUGUCCACCAAUCGCCCACCAUACCCAGGAUAGCCACUGCUCACCAAUCACCCAGCAUACCCACUGUCCGAAUAAGCAAGAAGAGACAUGCUUCUGCCACCUCUUCGCUCGCAAACACGCCCACCGUUCUACGUCGCUCAGUCUCAUCGUCUCAACCCCCUCCUCCGCCCAACGCUGCUUUGCCCUUUGGUCCACAGUGGUCCGCCGUCUUCCAAGCAGACGAAUGCACCAGACGUCUUUCAGCCUUUGCCUCAGCUCACGCCCACUUGAACGAUGCUGAUCUGGAGAGACUGGGCACUCUCUAUGAUGCCACAAUCCAGAACGACUGGUACUUUAUCAUUCUGCUCAUGCUCUUAGCCUGUCACUUUUUAAAUUCCCCGUCCCUUGCCUCGCUCCGCCUUCCACAACACAGCCUGCCCAUGUUUGCAAGACUUUUGGGAGAACAAUGCGAGGGCAGUCGUCUAAGCCCUGAGGUCCAGCUCUUUAUUAGCACCUUCCCCAAACCUUUGGACGAACUGAGCUUUUGCUUGACCGAACAGUCUUUCACCACAGCCAUACGCCACAUUACCGCUUGUCUUCAUCAGAUAACUUUGAAUCUAGACCGUGUGCUUUCGCAAUGCCGCCAGGCAGAGACUCUUCCGACUGUCCAUGAUCUCAUCGAGGGUCUUGGUAUACGCUCCUUGCUGUUUCAGCGUGCCACUUUUCGCUUUCUCCUGCGCAACACCUGGGGCUCAGAUAGUGGUCCAUUGGCCGAACUUGCGAUGAGAGAAUUCAUGGAUGAGCAGCAGAGAUUCGGGGUGGAAGGUGGCCAGUCUCCUGAUGUGCGUAGUCGACAGCAGAGUGUUUAUCGCAACAUCUUUCGUCAACACAAGUGCUCCACCACAGCUCCGCCUAUUCAGCAGUCCACUGUUGCUUCGGGAAUUUCGGCCCCUUACAACGCCACACCUCUACAGCCGCAUCCAUCACCUCGUCAUUUCCAACCUCCUCGUCAGGCUCAAAUGCCGGCACCGGCACCAAAUGGCGCCCAGUUGCAGGCGACACAGAUGAACACCCAGAUGCGCAUACAAAUGCAAAUGCAAGCGCAAAUGCAGAUGCGUGCCCGAGCCCAAGCCCAAGCGCAACCAGUCCAACCUCCGCAGCCUGCCUUGUUCCAAAGCCAGCCGCAGGCUGCCUCACUUCCACUUCCCACAUCGGCUUAUUUCCAGAACAAUGGCGUUCCUUCACCAGCGCACACCGCAAUGCCAUAUCAGGGCAUCACUACAUCUCGUGAUCUUACCCAAAUGCAAGCAUUGAUGAUGUAUUCACGUCAAAUACAACCUCCACAACAUCCACAACAUCCACAACACCCCGGCUUGCCUUCAAGCCCCUCACUUGCAACUCAGAGAUCUCGCCCGCAGCGAUUCACUCAGCCGCCUCGACUGUUCUUUCCUGGACCAAACGCUUCAGUCGCCCAGCCUGCGCACCCUGAUUAUCGAAAAUCGGCACUCCAUCAGGCUCACAUGCGCAGUCCUAUCCUUGUCCCGAAGGAUGCCUCCGUUCGUGGCACUUCAAACGAUCAUUACCGUUGCGUUACCGGCUUUGGGCUCCAGCCCCACAGGCUGACAACCGAUCCUAUUCAAGAAAUCCCUUUUCAUCUGACACCAGAUGUCUUUGCACACCUUCUUAAGGUGAAAGUGAGCAUUGAUGGCGAUCCCCCGUCUGGAGAAUCUUACACCAACUCAAUAAUGCUAAGACUCAGAUGCUGUGAAGUGAGUCCACUUGAGCCUCUUCCUGCUGAGAAUAAAUGGGCACAACUCGAUGGCAGCUGGCCAAUCCAGGCCUAUUUUGCGGUCAAUCAGAAUCCGCUCGAACCGAGACGCAAGCUGCAUCAUGGCAAGUGUCUACCUAUCGACAUCACGCAUCACGUCAGUAUCGGCACCAACAAGCUUGUAGUGAGGAUAAAUCGCUUGAAGCACGACAAAUCGGCCUUCAAUUACGCUGUAGCUGUCGAGAUCGUUGGCUUCAUGACUCGCGACAGUAUCAAGGAGGCAUGCAUGAACAGACUCGUCCCUUCCGAACAGAUCCUGGCUUCAAUCAACAAAUCUCUGGCCAGCGAUGAUGAUGAUUGCAUAAUGCAAUCAAACUUCACUCUACACCUGUUCGAACCUUUCUCCAAUGCCAAGAUUUUCGACACUCCAGUCCGCAGCAAAGAUUGCUUGCAUAAGCAGGCCUUCGAUCUUGACGUUUUCUUGGAAACUCGACUUGAGCCCUCAACUAAAUUGUCCAACGAUCGUAUUAGCAAAGUGGAUUCCUGGAAAUGCCCUAUCUGCAGAGCCGACUCCAGACCUCAAAGCUUAAUAGUGGAUGGAUUCUUGGUAGGCGUUCGUGAAAGUCUCGCAGCCAAAGCCCUGCUAAACACACGUUCCAUCAUCAUCGAGAGUGAUGGCUCUUGGUCACCCGUACAAGAGUCUCACGACGAAGAAGAGACCGAGGACGAGGCAGCUCCAGCGCCAAAGAAGAACAUCGAAAUCAUUCUCAUCGAUGAUGACUAG